CUUGCAAAAGUCCACAGAUACUAGUAGUAAGUAAAGUAUAGGAAAAGUGGACCAAAGAAACAAAACCCAUACAAAAAAAGUCGAAUCCAAAUCUCUCUCUCCGGCGAUCUCAUCCAUGGCGGAAGGCGGCGAAGAUUCCCAGCGGUUGAAGAAAAUUGCGGCGGCUGCCUUCGACUACGAAAACGACGCUCGAUGGGCCGAUUACUGGUCCAAUAUCCUCAUCCCUCCUCACAUGGCUUCUCGUCCCGAGGUCGUCGACCAUUUCAAGCGCAAAUUCUACCAACGCUACAUCGUACUUACUACUAUCUUCCCUACUCUUGAAUUUGCUUAUCCAUUUUCUUCAUUACUUUGAGUUUCGAGUUUGACUUUGUGUUGUGUGCGCUACUGAUUUGGGGAUUUAGUGUGGACUUUGAAUCUUAGGUUUUACAAGUGUGGUUGUUGAUGUUCUUUCUGCUAAAUUGCUUAGUCCUUGGGUCCGAAUCUCCUCGUGAUUAGGUUAUUAAGCGGAGGGAUCCUGAUCUUGUUGUGGAGCCUAUGUCGACUUCAUCUUCGUCUUCACAAUCUGCCAGGCCAACUGCUACAUCUGCAUCUUCAACUGCAUCUUCUAAUGCAAAUGAACAAGUUCGUUCACGGAACUCAGGAUCGGUUCCUCGAACCUCUGGGCCAUCUGCUACGACUGGUGCAACCCCAAGUUCAAUGCGCUGGGAUGAGCAGACGAUUCAGUUUUCAGUCAAUGCUUGGGUUUUUGUUAUAGCUGUGCUGGCAGUGCUACCUCUAAUACCAAAGAACCUCUCAAAUAGGGCUUAUCGUCUAUCUUUCAUGGGAACUGCAUGCUCAUCUCUAUAUUCCUUAUACUCCUUAUACGGGAGGCCAAGGGCAUGGAAUAUGCAAGGGCUGCAAGUUUAUUUUCAAUCAAUUGUGGCAGCAAAGGAUUUCAUCUACUUCAUCUACUGCCUUACAUUCGUCACUUCACAUCUCUGUCUCAAGUUUGCUUUGAUUCCCAUCUUGUGCCGGGCACUUGAACAAGUAGCCAAGUUCUUGAGGCGUAACUUUGGUCGGUCCACUAUAUACAGAAAGUACUUGGAAGACCCUUGUGUGUGGGUGGAGUCAAACACUACUACCCUCAACAUCUUGUCAUCGCAGGCUGAGAUAGCCAUUGGCUUCCUUCUGAUUAUCUCUCUGCUCUCAUGGCAACGUAACAUUAUACAGACGUUCAUGUACUGGCAGCUAUUGAAGCUGAUGUAUCAAGCACCGGUAACAGCUGGUUACCACCAGAGCACGUGGAGCAGAAUAGGGAGGACGGUGACUCCGAUUAUCCAACGUUACGCUCCUUUCUUGAAUACUCCGGUCAGUGCCGUUCAGAGAUGGUGGUUCAGGUGAUAAAAAGAAACAAAAUGCAGAGGUGACUUUUGAAACCCUUUUGAAAAACCAGAAGAUUGAUUAAAUAGCUUUCAACAAUCCAUGUUAAUUUCAUAUUCAGCGUAAAGUAGAUUCUUCUUCUCUUUUAACGUUUUCCUUUGGCUAUCGCUGAAAUAAAAAUCUCUUAUUACUUUUGGUUUCUAGUUUAGUUAUAUGUGACUAAUUGCCUUUCCAGUUUCCACCUUGCCAUUUUCAUUGGUGAGAUACUUCAAAAGUUUCUAAAAAAAUAAUAAUAAUAAUAUUUUAUUAUGAUUU